AUGACUGAUUUCUCAUACAAAUCAAACUUUGAAUCACAUCACCUUGUGAAAAUGCCUAUUAAAAACAAAACAGUUAAUGUAGCUGAACAGGAACUGACUGUGGCUCAAAGCUGUGCCAAGGCUCCAAGGCUCAUUUUAUUGAGUGCAUGCCACCACCCCACGGAAGAUUUGAUGGACAUGAACAUGAGCCCCCUGAGGCCCCAGAACUAUCUUUUCAGUUGUGAACAAAAGGCCAACAAAUAUUAUCACUUUAAGGUGGAUAAUGAUGAAAAUGAACACCAGUUAUCUUUAAGAACAGUCAGUUCAGGAACUGGUGCAAAGGAUAAAUUGCAUAUUGUUGAAGCAGAGGCAAUGAAUUAUGAAGGCAGUCCAAUUAAAGCAACACUGGCAACUUUGAAAAUGUCUGUACAGCCAAUGGUUUCCCCUGGGGGCCUUGAAAUAACACCACCAGUGAUCUUACGGUUGGAGUGUGCUUCAGGGCCAGUGCAUAUUAGCGGACAGCACUUAGUAGCUGUGGAGGAAGAUGCAGAGUCAGAAGAUGAAGAGGAGGAGGAUGUGAAACUCUUAAGUUUACCUGGAAAGCGAUCUGCCCCAGGAGGUGGUAGAAAGAUUCCACAGAAAAAAGUACAACUUGCUGCUGAUGAAGAUGAUGAUGAUGAAAAUGACGAUGAUGAUGAUUUUGAUGAUGAGGAAACUGAAGAAAAAGUGCCAAUCAAAGGACAAGAAUCUUUCAGAAAACAGGAAAAAACUCCUAAAACACGAAAAGGACCUAGUUCUGUAGAAGAUAUUAAAAUGUAA